AUGCAAAGUCGGUGCAAAGCUUAUCGGUUUGAACAUUUGAUGCGCCUUUAAAAAUUAACGUUAUACUGUAGCUAAAUCUCAUUUCUUCAACAAAUUCGCUGCAGAUUGUGCAAUGAUCCGUCAGUCGGAGGCUCAUGCCAAACUUCAUCUGAGAUCGAUCGUAAGUGAUCUUUCGCUUCCACUUCCAAUGUCACUUUUUCAGGUUCGUCAACGACGACGACUGCGCUGCAGCCACUCGCAUCAUUCUCGAAUCGUUCGUGAACACACAGAAAGCGUCGAUUAUGCGACAGAUGAAGAAGACGUUCUCGCGCUACCUCACCGAAAACCGUUCGGCGAACGAGCUUCUGCUAUUCGUGCUCAAGCAGCUCAUUCGUCAGCAGAUGCACUACGCCUCGGCACGUGGCGGUGGAGACUCGAUCAUCCAGAACGUGACCGUUUCGGAGGCCGAGUUCAUCGAGAAUUCAAGAAUUCAGAGAGUUCAUCAGACAAAUAUUAUUUGA